AUGGUCGAUGAUUUGAUGGAACAGAGAACUGAGAUUCAUGUAGCUGACCUCAAAUGGUUGGGAGCUUGGGACUUGUCACUAUUAGAUGGCAGGAGAUCAAAGGGCCUGAAGUUGGUGCAUUGUAAGGGCACUUCUUACACUGCAGCUGUUGGUUGCUGGAUACUUUGGUUCUUCGAGUCACUGACCUUCACAGAAGGUGGUUUUGGCUAUCGAAUUCGCACUGAGCAUCGCUUAGCAUUUGGUAUUUGGUACUGCUUGAGGAAACUUAUACCUGGAGUUGUAGGCACAGGAAAUUGA